AUGGAGUAUAAUAGAGCUUCGGACGAGGGCCAAGCACUGGGACCUAUGAAGUCAUUUAGAGACGGAAAGGAAAUUGAAAGCAGGAAAUGCGAAGAAGAAGAAGAAGAAGAAGAAGACAGCCAGAACCAUCUUGGAAACCUCAGAGCUAUGAAGUCCGGGAGUCACUCUCAAGGACUCACUCUCCUUACAAACACAAACCAACAAAAACAAACGAAAUUGAAGAUAACUGACUCGACACCUACAAGACCGGAGGAGGUCUAUCAUCAAUUUCUUACGGCCAUUGACUUGGAAAUGGAGAAGGAAAUCGAACGAAAACGAAGAGAACAGAUACUAUAUCCCAAGCAAACCGAACUAUUACGGAAUGAAACUCUUGUUACUUUUGAGAGAGAGAGAGAGAGAGAAGAGAGAGAGAGAGAGAGAGAGAGAGAGAGAGAGAGAGGUCCUGGGCACCUUCCGGAUGCAGCCUACGAGGAAGAUGCUGCUGCUGCGGCUGCGGCUGCGGCUGCGGCUGCGGCUGUGAAGACAUUCCAGGUACGUGCACAUGCAGACAUCAUGGAGAUACUCAGAGAAACCUUUGCUAGCAUAGAUGCUAGAGACGAAAAUGGUUGCACGGCAUUACACAGAGCUGUUGAAUCUAACGAUGUUAGUAUAGUUCAGGAACUCAUUGAGAGUGGGGCUACAGUAGAUGUUCAUGACAAUCAGCAAAAAACUCCUUUGCACCUUGCAACAAUUAAGGGAUAUAUUCCGAUAAUGAAAACUCUUAUUCAAGCAAAUGCAGAUAUAUAUAACAUUGAUACUUAUGGCAAUAUGGGUGCUCAUGAUGCAGCAGUGGGUGGGAAAUGUGAUGUCAUCGCAGUUCUGGUAGAGUCUGGGUUUGAUGUAAACUGCAAAAAAAAAAAAGGAAAUACAAUGCUUCAUUUAGCAGCUUCUGAAGGUCACAGAGAAUUAGUGCAACUCUUGAUCAGUAAAGGGGCAAAUGUCAAUGACAAAGGCUACAUGGGUUGCACACCAUUACAUGCAGCUGUUCAAUCAAACAAUGUUAGUGUAGUUCAGGAACUCAUUGAGAGAGGGGCUAGAGCAGAUGUUCAUGACAAUCAACAAUGCACUCCUUUGCGUCUUGCAACAAUAAGGGGAUAUAUUUCGAUAAUGAAAACUCUUAUUCAAGCAAAAGCUGAUAUAUACUACGAAAAUGAAACUUAUAAAGAUAUGGGUGAUCAUAAUGCAGCAUUGGGUGGGAAAUGUGAUGUCAUUAAUGUUCUGUUAGAGUCGGGGUUUGAUGUAAACUGCAAAACUAAAGAAGGAAAUACAAUGCUUCAUUUAGCAACUUGGAAAGGUCACAGAAAAUUAGUGCAACUCUUGAUCAGUAAAGGGGCAAAUGUCAAUGACAAAAACAACAUUGGUUGGACAGCAUUACAUGCAGCCGUUGCAUUUAACAAUGUUAGUUUAGUUCAGGAACUCAUUGAGAGUGGGGCUAUAGUAGAUGUUCAUAACAAUAGUCAAUACACUCCUUUGCAUCUUGCAACAUAUUGGGGAUAUAUUCCAAUAAUGAAAAUUCUUAUUCAAGAAAAUGCUGAUUUACACAAUAUCAGUACUUAUGGCAAUAUGGGUGCUCAUGAUGCAGCAUUGGAUGGGAAAUGUGAUAUCAUCCGAGUUCUGUUAGAGUCGGGGUUUGAUGUAAACUGUAAAUCUAAAAAUGGAAAUACAAUGCUUAAUAUAGCAGCUUCAGAAGGUCACAAAGAAUUAUUGCAACUCUUGAUCAGUAAAGGGGCAAAUGUCAAUGACAAAGGCAACAUGGGUCGCACACCAUUACAUGACGCAGUUCAAUCUAACAAUGUUAGUGUAGUUCAGGAACUCAUUGAGAGAGGGGCUAGAGCAGAUGUUCAUGACAAUCAACAAUGCACUCCUUUGCGUCUUGCAACAAUUAGGGGAUAUAUUUCGAUAAUGAAAACUCUUAUUCAAGCAAAAGCUGAUAUAUACUACGAAAAUGAAACUUAUAAAGAUAUGGGUGAUCAUAAUGCAGCAUUGGGUGGGAAAUGUGAUGUCAUUAAUGUUAUGUUAGAGUCGGGGUUUGAUGUAAACUGCAAAACUAAAGAAGGAAAUACAAUGCUUCAUUUAGCAACUUGGAAAGGUCACAGAAAAUUAGUACAACUCUUGAUCAGUAAAGGGGCAAAUGUCAAUGAUAAAAACAACAUUGGUUGGACAGCAUUACAUGCAGCCGUUGCAUUUAACAAUGUUAGUUUAGUUCAGGAACUCAUUGAGAGUGGGGCUAUAGUAGAUGUUCAUAACAUAGUCAACACUCCUUUGCAUCUUGCAACAUAUUGGGGAUAUAUUCCAAUAAUGAAAAUUCUUAUUCAAGAAAAUGCUGAUUUACACAAUAUCAGUACUUAUGGCAAUAUGGGUGCUCAUGAAGCACCAUUGGAUGGGAAAUGUGAUAACAUCCGAGUUCUGUUAGAGUCGGGGUUUGAUGUAAACUGUAAAUCUAAAAAUGGAAAUGCAUUGCUUAAUAUAGCAGCUUCAGAAGGUCACAAAGAAUUAGUGCAACUCUUGAUCAGUAAAGGGGCGAAAUGUUCAAUGGACCAAAGGCAACAUGGGUCGCAGGCACCAUUACAUGACGCUGUUCAAUCUAACAAUGUUAGUGUAGUCCAGGAACUCAUUGAGAGUGGGGCUACAGUAGAUGUUCAUGACAAUGAACAAUGCACUCCUUUGCACCUUGGAACAUAUUGGGGAUAUAUUCCGAUAAUGAAAACUCUUAUUCAAGCAAAUGCAGAUAUAUAUAAUAUUCGUACUUAUGGCAAUAUGGGUGCUCAUGAUGCAGCAUUGGGUGGGAAAUGUGAUGUCAUUAAUGUUAUGUUAGAGUCGGGGUUUGAUGUAAACUGCAAAAAUAAAGAUGGAAAUACAAUGCUUCAUUUAGCGGCUUUAAAAGGUCACAGAGAAUUAGUGCAACUCUUGAUCAGUAAAGGGGCAAAUGUCAAUGACAAAGGCAACAUGGGUCACACACCAUUACAUGCAGCUGUUCAAUCUAACAAUGUUAGUGUAGUUCAGGAACUCAUUGAGAGUGGGGCUACAGUAGAUGUUCAUAACAAUGAACAAUACACUCCUUUGCAUCUUGCAUCAAUUAAGGGAUAUAUUCCGAUGAUGAAAACUCUUAUUCAAGCAAAUGCAGAUAUAUAUAACAUUGCUACUUAUGGCAAUAUGGGUGCUCAUGAUGCAGCUCAUGAUGUAGUUAUGUUAGAGUCGGGGUUUGAUGUAAACUGCAAAACUAAAGAUGGAAAUACAAUGCUUCAUUUAGCGGCUUUUAAAGGACACAGAGAAUUAGUGCAACUCUUGAUCAGUAAAGGGGCAAAUGUCAAUGACAAAUGCAACAAAGGUCGCACAGCAUUACAUUACGCUGUUGAAUCUAACAAUGUUAGUGUAGUUCAGGAACUCAUUGAAAGUGGGGCUACAGUAGAUGUUCAUAACAAUGAACAAUACUCUCCUUUGCAUCUUGCAACAAUUAAGGGAUAUAUUCCGAUAAUGAAAACUCUUAUUCAAGCAAAUGCAUAUAUAUAUAACAUUGAUACUUAUGGCAAAAUGGGUGCUCAUGAUGCAGCAUAUGGUGGGAAAUGUGAUGUCAUCACAGUUAUGUUAGAGUCGGGGUUUGAUGUAAACUGCAAAACUAAAGAUGAAAAUACAAUGCUUCAUUUAGCAGCUUUAAACGGUCACAGAGAAUUAGUGCAACUCUUGAUCAGUAAAGGGGCAAAUGUCAACGACAAAUGUAACCCAGGUGGCACAGCAUUACGUUACGCUGUUGAAUCUAAUGAUGUUAGUGUAGUUCAGGAACUCAUUGAGAGUGGGGCUUCAGUAGAUGUUCAUGACAAUCAACAAUGUACUCCUUUGCAUUUUGCAACAGUUUCGGGAUAUAUUCUUAUAAUGAAAACUCUUAUUCAAGCAAAUGCAUAUAUAUAUAACAUUGAUACUUAUGGCAAAAUGGGUGCUCAUCAUGCAGCAUUGGGUGGAAAACGUGAUGUCAUCACAGUUAUGUUAGAGUCGGGGUUUGAUGUAAACUGCAAAACUGAAGAUGGAAAUACAAUGCUUCAUUUAGCGGCUUUAAAAGGUCACAGAGAAUUAGUGCAACUCUUGAUCAGUAAAGGGGCAAAUGUCAAUGGCAAAUGCAAAAGAGAUAACACAGCAUUACAUUACGCUGUUAUAUCUAACAAUGUUAGCAUAGUUCAGGAACUCAUUGAGAGUGGGGCUACAGUAGAUGUUCAUGACAAUCAACAAUGUACUUCUUUGCAUUUUGCAAUAGUUUUGGGAAAUAUUCCUAUAAUGAAAACUCUUAUUCAAGCAAAUGCAGAUAUAUAUAACAUUGAUACUGAUGGCAAUAUGGGUGCUCAUUAUGCAGCAUUGGGUGGAAAAUGUGAUGUCAUCACAGUUAUGUUAGAGUCGGGGUUUGAUGUAAACUGCAAAACUAAAGAUGGAAAUGCAAUGCUUUAUUUAGCGGCUUCAAACGGUCACAGAGAAUUAGUGAAACUCUUGAUCAGUAAAGGGGCAAAUGUCAAUGACAAAUGUAACAAAGGUGUCACAGCAUUACAUUACGCUGUUAUAUCUAACAAUGUAAGCAUAGUUCAGGAACUCAUUGAGAGUGGGGCUUCAGUAGAUGUUCAUGACAAUCAACAAUGUACUCCUUUGCAUUUUGCAACAGUUUCGGGAUAUAUUCUUAUAAUGAAAACUCUUAUUCAAGCAAAUGCAGAUAUAUAUAACAUUGAUACUUAUGGCAAUAUGGGUGCUCAUCAUGCAGCAUUGGGUGGAGAAUGUGAUGUCAUCACAGUUAUGUUAGAGUCGGGGUUUGAUGUAAACUGCAAAACUAAAGAUGGAAAUACAAUGCUUCAUUUAGCAGCUUUACAAGGACACAGAGAAUUAGUGAAACUCUUGAUCAGUAAAGGGGCAAAUGUCAAUGGCAAAUGCAACAGAGAUAACACAGCAUUACAUUACGCUGUUAUAUCUAACAAUGUUAGCAUAGUUCAGGAACUCAUUGAGAGUGGGGCUAAAGUAGAUGUUCAUGACACUCAACAACGCACUCCUUUGCAUCUUGCAACAUAUUGGGGAUAUAUUCCGAUAAUGAAAAUUCUUAUUCAAGCAUAUACUGAUAUUUAUAGUAAUGACAUAUGUGGCGAUAUGGCUGCUCAUGUUGCAGCUAAAUACGGAAAAAAAGAGGCUUUAGAGUAUCUUCUUGGAUUAGGGUUUGAUGUCAAAUGCAAAAUCAAAAAAGGAAACACAUUGCUUAAUUUAGCCGCUUCGAAAGGUCACACAGAAUUAGUGCAACUAUUGAUCAGCAAAGGAGCAAAUAUUAACGACAUAGGCCAUUAUGGUUACACGGCAUUACAUUCAGCUGUUCAGUCUAACUAUGAUAGUUUAGUUCAAUACCUCAUUGAGCGUGGAGCUGAGGUAGAUGCUGAAAACGGUAUGCUACAAACUCCUUUGCAUAUUGCAGCAAUGAUGGGGCAUAUGGCCCCGCUGAAAACACUUAUUCAACAAAAUGCUUAUAUUUAUAGAAUCGCCGCUUUCGCUAAUACAUGUGCUCAUGACGCUGCCUUUAAGGGGAGAUGUGAUGUUAUAGAGAAUAUGAUAAAGUCGGGGUUAGAUGUAAACUACCCAACCAAAAUGGGAAUUACAUUGCUUCAAUUAGCGACUUAUAAAGGUCACCUUGAAUUAGUGAAACUCUUGAUCAGUAAAGGGGCAAAUGUGAAUGACAAAGACGAAUAUGGUUAUACGGCAUUAGAUGCAGCUGAACAAUCGAACAAUGAAAGUAUAGUUCAAUACCUCACUGAAUCUGGGGCUACGGCAGAUAAUCAUGAGAAAAAACCACCCCCUCAACAUCUUGCGGCAUUUAGAGGAGACUUUGCAGUAUUGCAAUCACUCAAACAGGAUAAUACUGAUAUAUAUAAUUUACCAAAUUAUGGCGAUAUGGGACCUCAUGCAGCAACUAUUCACGGGAAAUAUAAGAUAAUUGAGUUUAUGUUAGAGUCGGGAUUGAAUGUAAACUACAAAACUAAAGAUGGAAAUACAAUGCUUCAUUUAGCGGCUUUAAAAGGUCACAGAGAAUUAGUGCAACUCUUGAUCAGUAAAGGGGCAAAUGUCAAUUACAAAAACAACAAUGGUUGCACACCAUUACAUGCAGGUGUUGAAUCUAACAAUGUUAGUGUAGUUCAGGAACUCAUUGCGAGUGGGGCUAGAGCAGAUGUUCAUGACAAUCAACAAAAAACUCCCAUGUAUCGUGCAACAUAUAGUGGAUAUAUUCCGAUAAUGAAAACUCUUGUUCAAGCAAAAGCUGAUGUAUACUACGAAAAUAAAACUUAUGAAGAUAUGGGUGAUCAUAAUGCAGCACUGGGUGGGAAAUGUGAUGUCAUUAUUGUUAUGUUAGAGUCGGGGUUUGAUGUAAACUGCAAAACUAAGGAAGGAGAUACAAUGCUUCAUUUAGCGGCUUGGAAAGGUCACAGACAAUUAGUGCAACUCUUGAUCAGUAAAGGGGCAAAUAUCAAUGACAAAAACAACAUCGGUUGGACAGCAUUACAUGCAGCCGUUGCAUCUAACAAUGUUAGUUUAGUUCAGGAACUCAUUGAAAGUGGGGCUAGAGUAGAUGUUCAUGACAAUCAACAAUACACUUCUUUGCAUCUUGCAACAUAUUUGGAAUAUAUUCCGAUAAUGAAUACUCUUAUUCAAGCAAAUGCAGAUAUAUAUAACAUUGAUACUGAUGGCAAAAUGGGUGCUCAUCAUGCAGCAUUGGAUGAGAAAUGUGAUAUCAUCACAGUUCUGUUAGAGUCGGGGUUUGAUGUAAACUGCAAAACUAAAGAUGGAAAUACAAUGCUUCAUUUAGCGGCUUUAAAAGGUCACAGAGAAUUAGUGCACCUCUUGAUCAGUAAAGGGGCAAAUGUCAGUGACAAAGGCAAAAUGGGUCGCACACCAUUACAUUUAGCAGUUGAAUCUAACGAUGUUAGUGUAGUUCAGGAACUCAUUGAGUGUGGGGCUACAGUAGAUGUUCAUGACAAUGAACAACGCACUCCUUUGCACCUUGCAACAAUUAAGGGAUAUAUUCCGAUAAUGAAAACUCUUAUUCAAGCAAAUGCUGAUAUAUAUAAUAUUCGUACUUAUGACAAUAUGGGUGCUCAUGAUGCAGCAUUGGGUGGGAAAUGUGAUGUCAUUAAUGUUAUGUUAGAGUCGGGGUUUGAUGUAAACUGCAAAAGUAAAGAAGGAAAUACAAUGCUUCAUUUAGCGGCUUUUAAAGGACACAGAGAAUUAUUACAACUCUUGAUCAGUAAAGGGGCAAAUGUCAAUGGCAAAGGCAACAUGGGUUGCACACCAUUACAUGCAGCUGUUAUUUCUAACAAUGUUAGCAUAGUUCAGGAACUCAUUGAGAGUGGGGCUACAGUAGAUAUUCAUGACGGUCUACAAUGCACUCCUUUGCAUCAUGCAAUAUACGGGGGAUAUAUACCGAUAAUGAAAACUCUUAUUCAAGCACAUAGUGAUAUUUAUAGUACUGACACAUGUGGCGACAUAGCUGCUCAUGUUGCAGCUAAAUACGGAAAAAAAGAUGCAUUAGAGUAUCUUCUUGGAUUAGGGUUUGAUGUAAAAUGCAAAAGCAAAAUAGGAAACACAUUGCUUAAUUUAGCCACUUCGAAAGGUCACCUUGAAUUAGUGAAACUCUUGAUCAGUAAAGGGGCAAAUGUGAAUGACAAAGACGAAUAUGGUUAUUCGGCAUUAGAUGCAGCUGAAGAAUCGAACAAUGAGAGUAUAGUUCAAUACCUCACUGAAUCUGGGGCUACGGCAGAUAAUCAUGAGAAUAAACCACCCGCUCAGCAUCUUGCGGCAUUAAGAGUAGACUUUGUAGUAUUGCAAUCACUCAAGCAGGAUAAUACUGAUAUAUAUCAUUUACUAAAUUAUGGCGAUAUGGGAUCUCAUACAGCAACUAUUCAUGGGAAAUAUAAGACAAUUGAGUUUAUGUUAGAGUCGGGGUUUGAUGUAAACUGCAGAUCUAAAGAAGGAAAUACAAUGCUUUAUUUAGCGGCUUGGAAAGGACACAGAGAAUUAGUGCAACUCUUGAUCAGCAAAGGGGCAAAUGUCAAUGACAAAGACAACGAAGGUUGCACAGCAUUAAAUGUAGCUGUUGCAUCUAACAAUGUUAGUUUGGUUCAGGAACUCAUUGAGAGUGGGGCUACAGAAGAUGUUCGGAGCAAUGAAUGA